AUGGACAAUACUCCAAUAUCUGGCAUCUCGGAACUGCAGGCUCAUCUUCAGCAGCUAGCGAUUGACCCUGCGCUUCCCCCCGACGCAAAACUCCUGGACGAUGUGGAGCUACAACUCACUGAGGACAACAUUCCUCCCCUCUUACCCACCUUGCUGCCGCCGCUGGCAAACAUUCUGAAAUCCACCACGCAGGAUCCGACGCCGCUGCUAUCCCUGACCAUCAAGCUCCUCUCUCCGCUAUCCUUUACCCAGGCUCUCGGCGUUGCCGAGCCGUCGUCGCUGCUGGCCGCUCUGGCUUCACCUCUCGCCGGGGCCAACCUUCUAGCGCUGGCAAUCACCAGCAAGGCCGCGGCCUCUCCAUCCGAUGCCUCCAUUCUGAGCACGCUGCCCGAAGUCGUCGAAGCCCUCGUCCGAUGCUGGCUAGCCAGCCCGGACGUAGGCGUUGGAGAGCGCGCCGCCAGGGUUCUCGGAGAUGUGCUCGAGACGGAUUGCGAAGUCCCCGACAACCGCCUCCUCGACGGCUCGAGGCCCGGAAGGCGGGUCCCCGCCGCAGAAGUCGCCAAGCGGAGUCUGCCUGGACACGGCCGGCUCUGGCGGCUCGUUCUCGGCAAGGGGCCGAUUCUGCGGCUGAUACACGCGCGUUGUUCUGCUGCGUCCCUCCCAGGGAAUCCGGAGCCCGUGCUUUCCGACCGCCAAGUCACCAUUUCCCAGGGCCGGCUGUUGCGCCUCCUCCCCCGCCUCAGUGUCUUGAACAUUCGCGCCCUGAGCCAGGCCGUGGUUUCUGAUGUUUUCGCGCUGCCUGUAGGCGCCGCCGUGGAAGGUGACGUCGGGCAGGGGUUGCUCCAAUGGGCUGCGCUUGGAAUGGUGAACCGCUCCGACGUGUUGAUGCACCUGACCCUCAUAGAUUUCUUCGAGACUUUUGUCAGCAUCAUGAAAGUAUCGGCACGGUCCGCAGAAGCCGAUGUCCUCAUCGGAAAACUCGUCAAGUCGGCAACCCGCCUCGACCGUGAGCUGGAGGCCGCGCUCCGGUCUUUACCUGAUCGGACGACGGAGGAAGAAGCGGAGCCCUUGCGAGCAUACAUUGCCGAUUUGCUGGACUAG